AUGGCGGAGCGUAUUUUGAUGAAUGAAUACAAGGCGUUGGCUAAGGAGGAUUGGGUAAACAUCGAGCUUAAUGGCGAAGAUAUCUUCAACUGGAAUGUCGGCCUUAUCGUACUGAACCCGGACUCUCUGUACUACGGCGGUUACUUCAAGGGGUCCAUGAAGUUUCCCAAGAACUACCCAUACUCCCCGCCUGAGUUUCGGUUUCUCCGCCCUCUUUACCACCCCAACAUCUAUCCCGACGGCAAACUCUGCAUAUCUAUCCUACACGCGCCCGGUGAGGAUGAGAUGUCAGGCGAGCUGGCUUCCGAACGCUGGUCGCCUGCUCAACGUGUCGAGUCUGUCCUUAUUUCGAUCCUCUCGCUCCUAGAUGAUGCGGAAGUGUCGUCGCCCGCCAAUGUUGAUGCCGGUGUCAUGCUACGAAAGGACUUCGAAUCUUACAAAGGGCUUGUGAGGAAGGAUGUUGAGCGAUCGAAGAAGGAUAUUCCUGAGGGUUUCGUCAUGCCCACUCAUGAGUCCUCGAUGAACAGACCGACGGAGAAGACCGACGAUGCAGACUUCUGGGCCGACAGUGAAGUCGACAGCGACGUGUUUGGGGGAAGUGACUCAGACGAGGACUUGGAUCUUGAUGACCAGGAUACCGGCAGCGACGAGGAGGAAGACGACCAGGAUUGA